AUGUAUAUGCUUAAACAGGUCAUAGACAUCGGUAACUGGGGCCCUCCUCUGGAGCCAGGCCUGGAGGUGGGGCUCAAAGGAGACCAUCUGGUGGCCGGGCCUGUAUCCAUAGGGCCCGGUCGGGCACAGACCACUUGUGGGAGAGACCAAAUGGGUCGGUAUAUCAAAGUGCUUAACGUGUAUGCCUGCUUACUUGUGAAUAUUGUCAGAACGUGGAUAGAAUCGGCGGGUGUUUUUGUACUACUGUGGUCCGCUCUGGUUCCAGUCGAAACACGGAGAUGCUCGUUCUUUUUCUGCCAAAAAUCGCUCAACGUUAGCAGCCUCAAUGGCGUGGACCCCGGUUCACCUCUCUUUCUCACGCCUUACCUUGAAAAGGGUGCCAUUGACGAAGCCAGGAGAUUGAGUGUGGUUGGAGAUCUGCCUGGCGAAAACGUAAAAGGUUAUGCCGGCUACCUCACUGUCAACAAGAAAUACAACAGUAAUCUUUUCUUCUGGUUCUUCCCUGCGUUCAUGCCAUCAGUUGACAGCCCUGUCCUGCUGUGGCUGCAAGGGGGCCCCGGAGGCAGCUCCAUGUUCGGACUCUUCGUGGAGCAUGGCCCCUAUGUGGUUUAUAAGAACCUGACUGUGAAACUGAGGGAUUACGCCUGGACCACAAAAUAUUCAGUGUUAUACAUUGACAAUCCAGUUGGUACAGGCUUUAGCUUCACGGACGACGAUCGUGGCUACGCUCAGAAUCAGGACGAUGUCGGCAGAGAUCUGUACAGUGCUUUGAUACAGUUUUUCCAACUGUUUCCCGAAUACCAGUCCAAUGACUUCUAUGCGACAGGAGAGUCCUACGCAGGGAAGUACGUUCCAGCCAUCUCUUAUUACAUUCAUAAAAACAACCCGACUGCCAAGAUCAAAAUCAACUUCAAGGGCAUGGCCAUUGGUGAUGGCCUGUGUGAUCCAGAAAUGAUGCUGGGUGGUUACGGUGAAUUUAUGUACCAAACGGGCAUGAUCGAUGAAAUCCAGAAACAGUAUGUCAACAAGCAGAGUGAUUUGGGGGUCCAGCUAAUCCAGCAGCAGAAGUGGCUGGAGGCUUUUGAGGUUUUUGACAGUUUGCUGAAUGGUGACCUGGUGCCAUACCCCUCCUUCUACCAGAAUGCAACAGGCUGCACCAACUACUACAACUACUUGUCAUGCCAGGAACCUAAAGACCAGGAGUACUUCUCAAUGUUCGUGACGCUCCCGGAAGUGCGUCGCGCAAUUCACGUGGGCAACCUGGAAUUCCACAGCGGCUGGCAGGUGGAGAAGCACCUGAUGCAGGACGUGAUGAAGAGCAUCAAGCCCUGGCUCGGGGUGCUUAUGGACAACUAUAAGGUGUUGCUCUACAGUGGUCAGCUGGAUGUGAUUGUGGCAGCUCCUUUGACCGAGCGGUUCCUGCCCACCGUCAACUGGACCGGAGCAGCCGAAUACAAGACGGCACCGCGCUUUCCCUGGAAGCUUCAGCCAGAGGACACUGAAGUGGCCGGUUACGUCAGACAAGUGGGAGAGUUCUACCAGGUCAUCAUCAGAGGAGGGGGACAUAUUUUGCCUUACGACCAGCCGGCCAGGUCUUAUGACAUGAUUGACAGGUUCCUCUCGACACGAGGCUGGAUUUGA